UUUGCAAAAGUUUUUCCUCUAUAAUUAUUAAAUUAUCAUAAUCAUGACGCUACCCGAGGCGCUUCUGAAGCGCCUGGCAAAACGUGGUAUCAUACCGGAAGGUAAUAGUAAACAAAAUGCAGCCGGAACGAACGAAACACAUCCAGCGAAAGCAUCGUCCACCGUUGAAGGUGGUGAUUCGGACCGGGAGCGUGAACGAGAAUCCGACAACUCGAGCGACCGCUACUCGGACCAUGACUCAGAUCGUGACGAUGCAGAUGAGGAUCGCCGCGAGACGGAAGCCAUCAACGAGGAAAUCAUUGCCGAAGAUUACGACGAGUACGAUCAGGCUAAUCCGGAUUCGUUCGAGUAUGCGUCCAAAAAGAAGGGCAAUCCUGCGCUGGGGUGGACGGAAAAGAUGAAGCAAAAGAUGACCAAACGGUACGGCUACCAGUCGGUAGAUGGAUGCCAGAACAAGUACAACAUUUAUCACCUCUGUACCAUGUACUGUGUCAAGCGGUACGGUGAGGUAGAGUUCGACAUCGAGAAAGAGUACGAAAAGCGCGUCAAACGACUACUGGAACGUUACCCACUGCCAAAGAAUUGGCGCAAAGAGUACGAUAUUGGGUGUAAGGCGUUCUACUUCUACAAUAAGGAUACGCGUGUAGUAUCAUGGUUGCCACCGACCCAUCCGGACGCCAAACUCAGCAAAAGCGCGAAACUGUUGCGCCGGGAGUUAAUGGAAGAGCAGAAACAAAAGGAAGCGGCAAGUGAAACCACACCUCCAACUGUCGUGGUGGAAAGCUAUCCUCCAACGGCCAUCGUACCGCCAACGAUACCGCUGAUAGGACCGGCUAACACGUCCUCGCAAAAUGCUCCAGCAGCGGGGCCAGCUCCGGGUGGGGAAAAUCUUAAACCACCCAUUGUGAAUCCCCCGAAACGGCCACUUAAAACAUCGGGCGGUAGGGAGGAUGAAAAACGAUCGCGCACCUUCUCAUCCGGGAACGAUAACGCUGGCGAUAUGGCUAUUUCGGAGACAGAGCGAGAUCGUGAGUAUCGCGAUCGCAACCGUGAUCGACGUGAACGGGAUCGAAGAGAUCGCGACCGUAGUCCAGCAGCAAGGGGUGACGACAAUCGAUUCGGCGGUACUCGGGAUAGAAAUCGUGAUCGCGACCGCGAUCGGGAUCGCGAAUAUCAUCAUCGUGACCGUCGCCCGCCACGUGGGCCACCAAAAUCCGCUCCACUAGACCCGAUGGAUCCGGCCGCCUACUCCGAUAUACCACGUGGAACUUGGUCAGCCGGACUUGAGACAGCCUCAUCCACACCCGGCACGAAGAAAGAAAAGGAUGAUCGUAAAAACAAACAAUCGAAGGCAAACGAGCACGACGGCGAAGACGGGGCACUGGGUCGACAAGAUGAGGAGGAAGAGGGAGCACAUGAGGUGCUUAAAAUAUCAGCCGUCAAAGAAUUUGAACAGGACGAACAGGACGAUCAAGAUACGGAUUGAGCGCAAUCGAUUACU